UGUCAAAAAUAGUCAUACCAAACAACGAAACCAUAACCAUUAUGUCUUUUACAGUAUUGUAUUUUUGAAUGUUUGUUUGUGAAAUGUAUAUGGAGACGUUAGGGCUACGUAAAAAUGUUGUAAUCUUAGUGAACUGAAAAUUUUGAAUAAACUUGCACAACUGUUGUUCUUAGUCAAGCUGUAAUCUAUCAACUAUGAUGCAAGCAAACAGCUACAAGUUGGCUUGUCUUGGUUAUGCAAGAUGCAAUUUCUUGGGGGGAAUUAAAAGUGGCAUUUCUGCCUACCAGAACAAUAACAUCAAAAAGUAUGAUUCUCUUCUUGCAAGUUUCAAGACCAUUUCGUUUUGCCAAAGCUGUUUCAAGAAUAAUAUAUUUCCUUCAUUGUUGCAACAUUAUUUCAAAAACUCACCUAGAUACAAGUCAGCAGCUGAGAAGAACUUUAAAAAGGAGUAUCUAGCAGCUGUUGGAGUACUCCAGCGAUCUGGAUUGAUGAAACAGUUUGAUAAGCCUUGCUUUAACUGUCCCCGCGGACUGCACACAUCAGCAAGUAGAUCACAGAAUAAACCACCGAAUAGUGAUGGAAAAAAACCCGAUGACGAUGACAAUAAAAAGUUAUCUUCAUUAUUUGCAAAGGCAUUAUUAUGGAUGCUUAGCGGCUACAUGUUCUUAGCACUUUUAUCACUUGUAUUCCCAUCAAGUAAUCAACCCGAGCAAAUAAUCAGAUAUGUAUCCUGGAACGAGUUUGUUCAUCACAUGUUGGGUAAAGGAGAAGUAGAACAAAUCAUAGUACGGCCUGACAUUGACAUGGUUACGAUUAUAUUGUGUGAUGGAGCCGUCAUCAAAGGAAGAAAAAUUGACCACAGGACAUUUCACAUGAACAUUGUUGACAUGAAGAAGUUUGAAGAGAAGCUGCGAGAGGCAGAAGAGCGACUGGGAGUGGGCCAAGAGGGGAGAGUGCCUGUGAUCUACGAGAGAGGAACCGACACGGCUGGCAAACUGCUGGUAUCACUCAUCCUGGCAGCCAUCUUGUUAUCAGUCCUCAACAGAUCUCGCGCGAUGAAAGGCGGUCCUAUGUCCUUAGAUUAUUUUUCGCAGUUGGGAAGAGCCAAAUUCACGCUAGUGGAUCCUAUCGCUGGUCAAGGCAAAGGUGUUCGUUUUGCUGAUGUGGCAGGCUUAAGUGAAGCGAAGAUUGAGGUGAUGGAGUUCGUAGAUUACCUAAAAAGACCUGAGUUUUACAGGAAUCUAGGAGCAAAGGUACCAAGGGGAGCGUUGCUGCUAGGUCCCCCCGGCUGUGGAAAGACGUUGCUCGCAAAGGCUGUGGCUACUGAGUCCAAUGUUCCCUUUCUCUCCAUGAACGGCUCGGAGUUCAUAGAAAUGAUUGGUGGAUUGGGAGCAGCCAGAGUCAGGGAUUUGUUCAAAGAGGGACGGAAGCGGUCGCCAUGUAUCAUCUACAUAGACGAGAUAGAUGCUAUUGGCCGCAGACGUAGUGGUGGAGGACAGUGGGAUGGGGGUACAGGGGAAGGGGAGCAGACCCUCAACCAGCUGUUGGUGGAGAUGGAUGGAAUGGCGUCCAAGGAGGGUGUUAUCGUACUGGCCAGCACUAACAGAGCAGAUGUGCUGGACAAGGCCUUACUGCGUCCUGGCAGGUUUGAUCGUCACAUUCUGAUUGAUCUGCCGACACUGGAAGAACGCAGACAAAUAUUUGAAACUCAUCUGAAAGGAAUAACUUUGGAACACAAGCCCAGCAAGUAUUCACACAGGAUGGCGUAUCUUACUCCUGGCUUCAGUGGUGCAGACAUUGCUAACGUGUGCAAUGAAGCAGCACUCCAUGCAGCUAGGUCCAAACAGAAGUCUGUUACUGGAGCAGACCUUGAGUACGCAGUGGAGAGAGUGGUGGGGGGCACAGAGAAACGCAGCCAUGCAAUGACACCAGCUGAGAAAAAAGUUGUUGCCUACCAUGAGUCGGGUCAUGCUGUGGUUGGCUGGAUGUUGCCCACUACUGAUGCAUUGUUGAAAGUCACCAUCGUGCCUCGCACCAACAUGGCUCUAGGGUUUGCCCAGUACACGCCCAAGGACCAGAAACUCUUCUCUAAGGAAGAGAUUUUCGAACGAAUGUGUAUGGCCUUAGGAGGCAGGGUAGCAGAGUCGCUAACCUUCAACAAGAUCACAACUGGAGCUCAGAAUGAUCUUCAAAAAGUUAGCCAGAUGGCAUACGCCAUGGUGAGACAGUACGGCAUGAGCAACACGACAGGACUUGUGUCAUUUGAUGAUGAUAAGGGAAGCAUUAAACCAUACAGCAAAAGGAUGGCUGCCAUGUUUGAUGACGAGGCGAGGAAAAUUGUUGCCAAAGCUUACAAACAUACAGAAACAGUUCUCAAGGAGAAUAAGGACAAACUGGAGUUGCUGGCAGAGACGCUGUUGAAGAAGGAGACUUUGAACUACCCAGAGGUAGAAGAGCUGAUAGGUGCACCGCCGCACGGGGUCAAGAACCUGAUGGACCCUGCUGACUACGAGGCCUCCAUACAACACGCUGCAGGCAGCAACCCUGCACCUCAGGAGCCACCUCAGACAUCUGCACAGUAGCUAGACUAGUGGCUUUGUAAAUUAGUGUAAUUUCUUGUUAAUAAACUAAUUGCUAUUUUA